AUUAAAAACCGCCAACAGUUACAUGGUUGUGAACUUGUGCGUAGCGAACCUAAGGCGCCGCUUGGAAAUAAAACAAGAGCGGUAGCCAAAGUGGUUUUGUUUGGUCCAACGUUUGGGUGGUUUGGUUUUCCCGGGUCUACAGGCUCCAGCUAUAAAUUAAGUCCACAAAGGCAGGGUUUGUUCGACAUGUACCAACUCUCUCAUCAAUUCUAAUCAGUUGUCAGAAUCAUCGUAUCCGUUGAUUCAUCUUCAUUCUUAGUAACUAGUAAGCCAUGUCGAGCACAGCUGGCCACGUCAUCAAGUGCAAAGCAGCGGUUGCUUGGGAAGCAGGGAAGCCACUGGUGAUGGAAGAAGUAGAGGUGGCUCCACCACAGGCUGGUGAGGUGCGUUUGAAGAUCCUCUACACUUCACUUUGCCAUACGGAUGUUUACUUCUGGGAAGCCAAGGGCCAGACUCCAUUGUUUCCUCGUAUUUUCGGUCAUGAAGCUGGAGGGAUUGUGGAGAGCGUAGGCGAGGGUGUGAGCCAUCUGAAACCAGGGGAUCAUGCCCUCCCUGUAUUUACAGGAGAGUGCGGGGAAUGCUCACAUUGUAAGUCAGAGGAGAGCAACAUGUGUGAUCUGCUAAGGAUCAACACUGAUCGAGGUGUCAUGAUCAAUGACAGCCAGACAAGAUUCUCUAUUAAGGGACAGCCCGUGUACCAUUUUGUGGGUACAUCUACAUUCAGUGAAUACACUGUGGUUCAUGCUGGAUGUGUUGCAAAGAUCAACCCUGCUGCCCCACUUGACAAAGUUUGUAUUCUCAGUUGCGGAAUAUGCACCGGACUUGGUGCUACUAUCAAUGUUGCAAAACCAAAACCUGGUUCUUCUGUUGCCAUUUUUGGACUUGGAGCUGUUGGCCUUGCUGCUGCUGAAGGGGCAAGGAUUUCUGGUGCAUCAAGAAUCAUUGGGGUUGAUUUGGUUUCAAGCAGAUUUGAAGAAGCUAAGAAGUUUGGUGUCAAUGAGUUUGUCAACCCAAAAGAUCAUGACAAACCUGUUCAGCAGGUAAUUGCUGAAAUGACCAAUGGAGGUGUGGAUCGUGCUGUUGAAUGUACUGGAAGCAUCCAGGCUAUGAUCUCAGCAUUCGAAUGUGUCCACGAUGGUUGGGGUGUUGCUGUACUUGUUGGAGUGCCAAACAAAGAUGAUGCAUUCAAAACUCAUCCUAUGAAUUUCUUGAAUGAGAGGACUCUUAAGGGUACCUUCUAUGGUAACUACAAACCCCGCACUGAUCUUCCAUCUGUUGUGGAGAAGUACAUGAAAGGGGAGCUGGAACUGGAGAAAUUCAUCACUCACACAGUUCCAUUCUCGGAGAUUAACAAAGCUUUUGAUUACAUGCUUAAAGGGCAGUCCAUCAGGUGUAUCAUCCGCAUGGAGGAGUAAAGCCUUAAAACAAUUAUGCAAUAAUGGUCCGGUCCCCAUUGGGGGACGAAUUAAGUUCUCUUUCUGGUUGUGUAAAGAAAAAGAAAAAGAAAAUCAUAUAUAUAAUCCAUUUGUGAAGUUUUAAGUUUGAAUUAAUGUAGAGAAUGAUGGUGCCUUUGCUACUGGGAUUGUAAAAUGUAGAGAACUGUGAUUCA